AUGACUCUCACCGUCCUCGCCUCUGUCUCCCUCCUUGCGCUGGUCGUGACCGCUCGCCCUGUUAUUCCUGACAGCCACGACUACGACCCAAACAAUUCCGACAGCUAUGCUCCUCCCGCCGACGUGCAGAGCGCCGUGCAGGCUCUCUUCGAGCUACGCACGAAGGACUCCAACUCCGACGUAGACCUCUCCGCUCAAACUAACGGCGACUACAACAUCCAAUUCAUCUCUCCCGAACAGCAGCAGUCCUACCUCGCUGCUCUCGACAGCGAUGCCAUCAAAGCUUUACUUCCUCUCGGUGACCUCGAAGAGGAUAGAGAGAUGAGCGAGGACGAGAAACGAUUGAGGCAGAUGCUGCUUGACGCCGUAGCUGCAGAGAAGGGUGGCGUAGAUGUGGCCCAACUGAGCCAGAAGAUGGAUGAUGUCGACGGCCAGGACUGGACCGUUACUCCCAGCGACACCGAGAUAUCCUUACCCGCUUCAGAAUUUGAAUCUGAGUUCGACACCACACUGGUCGAAACACCUGAACCGGAGGCGAAGUUCAGUCUCGCCGAGGAGCCGUCUGAAGUCGCUGUCCAGGAAGAGAACUCUGACGAAUCCCCCGUCGACACGUCGUCUCUCUUCGACGACCCCACCAUUACCACCGCUGUCGCAUCCUCCGCAUUGGCUCUCCUGAUCGUUUCAUGCAUAGGCGCCGCGCUCUAUUCGAUCUCCUGUGCCCGUGGCCUGUUGCGCUCCGAUGCCGCUUGGGGUUUGAUGAAGGAUCCCGAAGGCCGUAUUUCUCUUCCCGGUACCGACGGUGACGAGGAUGACGAAGGCAAUUGCGGUGGUGUCGUGGAGAAGCUGGUUCUCAACGAGAAAGAUGUGGAGAAAAAUCGUGUUGUGAUUCUACGUCCUGAGCCUGAGGUGUUGUCGGAGAAGAAUGAUGUGGACAUCGACUCAGCCUCUUCCGUUGGUGACGAUGCCGACUACAUGGACGCCCUCGACUCCACACCUGCUCUCAAUCACCCCGUUCUGCCUCCAAGCAACAUGUCCCCCACGGCAUCUCCUCUCCCCCGUUGGUCUGAACUCGCGCGCAAAGACACGCACGCCGAACUCCGUCGACAACACUCGCUCUCAAAUCUCAACUUGAACCUGAAGACCACAACCACACCCCCGUCCAGUCUCAGCCGCGGAACAUCCAAAGCAUUACUACGCGAACUCGCCGCCGCCGCCGCCGCAGCAGACACCGAUCCAGAACUCCCCGCUAUCUCACCCGCCUCUGCCCCUGCGCCACUCACGAAUACGGCAACACCCACCCCCAAGACUCCAGUCUUAACCUCCACCCCACCCCGCCAUCAACUCGACCUCCACGCUGCCCGCCGGAAUGCUUCCCAGGGACAGAACCCUGAAGAACGCGAGCGCCACGUUCUCGAUUUUGCGCUUGCCAUGCAACUCGGCCCUUCCUCGAUUAAUGGAACUGGUAUGCUGGGCGCAUUGGCGAGGGUCGGAGCCGAUCCGGCGUGGGUUUUGAAUGUCGUUCUCGCCGUGUUUGGUUGGGUUGCGGUUAUCAUUGGUGGACAGGGUACGAGGAACACUAGGGAGAGGAGGUCUAUGAUCGCGCGGUGA